UUUGCUAACCGCCAAUAAAAACAACGAGGAAGAAGAAGAAGCAGCAGAAGAAGACGGUGCUCUAAAAAUGGCGGAGUCGGAGGAGGAGGUAGACGUCUUGGUCCAGAGAGUUGUCAAAGACAUCGCGAAUGCGUUCAAGAAGAACCCCAGCAUUGAUGAGAUCGGUGUGAUCCCGUGUCCAGAGGCUCGCUACAACCGCAGUCCCAUCGUGCUGGUGGAGAACAAGCUUGGUGUGGAAAGCUGGUGCGUUAAAUUCCUGCUGCCGUACGUCCACAACAAGCUGCUGCUGUACCGCCAACGCAAGCACUGGCUGGACAGAGAAGCUUUAGUGGACAUCACCUGCACGCUGCUGCUGCUGAACCCAGACUUCACCACUGCGUGGAACGUCAGGAAGGAGUUACUGCAGUGCGGAGUCCUUAACCCAGAGAAGGACCUCUACCUGGGCAAGCUGGCUUUGACCAAAUUUCCCAAGAGCCCAGAGACCUGGAUACAUCGACGCUGGGUGCUGCAGCAGGUCCUGAAUCAGAUCUCUACUUUGGACCACAAUAAGAAUCAGCAGCAGGCUGAAGCGGUGCAGGCUGACGCUGAGAGAAACGAGCAGCUCAGCGACCGCCUGGCCAGGACGCUCCGCCAAGAGAUGAAGGUGUGCUCUGACGCCGCCGGCCGCUAUCCCAGCAACUACAACGCCUGGUCGCACCGCAUCUGGGUGCUGCAGCACAUGGCCAGGGGCAAUGUCAAGGUGUUCCACGAUGAGCUGUCCUCUAUGCGCCUCUGGGUGUCCAUGCAUGUCUCUGACCACAGUGGCUUCCACUACCGCCAGUUCCUCCUUAAGGAGCUAAUAGCUGAAAUCUGCAAGAGGCCAGCUCGCACCUCCACCGGCUGUUCACCCCAGCGUGGGUGCAGCACAGUCCCAGAGGGCAGCCGCCCACACAGCCGCUCUCACAGUAACGGAGAGCCUUCAGGACAAGAGGCGGGCGGCGAGGAAGACGGCCACGCUGACUUCACUACAGUCCUCCAACUCUUCCACCAGGAGAUGGACCUUUGCUCAGAUCUGAUCCAGUCCUUCCCUGGACAUGAAACACUCUGGAGUCACAGGCGGCAUGUCUUUUACUUGUGGGACCAGUGGGUGAGGGAGCAUCAGCAUUCCCACAGCAGAGGAUCCGACUGCAAGUUGAACCAUGUGACGGAUCCAGACCCCGGAGUGGCAGAGAUCAGCUCUCAGAGCCGUGCAGGUCAGGGCCACGGCGUGAACGGACAGAAGCACGCUACUGAACCUAUGGAAGUGGAUGGGCUGUUCCUGCCAGACCCUCACAACAGCAAGAGACUGAAGAGAGGCGUCCUGCUGCCUCGCCCCCCCACCCUGCCUACCGAACUCAGCUUUGUAAGCAGUGUUUUGGGCGGCUGCUGCAACACCGAGCAGAGACACUUUGCCCUGGCCUACAGGAAGUGGCUGGAUACAGUCAUCGGGCUGCAGUCCUGAGAGAGAUGCUGACCCCCUUCUUUCUCCACACUGAAGCUGCCUACAGACAGAUUUAGGAUCAGCUUGCCUACAUAGUGCAGACUUAGAUAAGCAGUACUUCAAAGCCAGUGAUGAGUUUAGAAAAGCGUCAUUGAGCCGCUGACUUGGAAUCUGUUUCCUAACAAUUAAUAGGAGAGGACUGGAUGUUCUUCCUCAGAAACAUCUGGAUCUGGAUCCUCUGAGCCAGUAUCCCUUCAGAAUGGAAAUCAGCCCUCACACCACCUGUUGGCUCACUGUUAUCUUCAGGUGUUUCAAUACCUCAGGUACCUCAGAUUUCUAGUUGUUUGUAUGUGUGUGAGGUUUCAUGUGCAUAUCUUCUUUUCCUGCUUCUAUAUAUAUUAAACAAACAAACAAAUCUUUUCUGAUUGGAAUCAGUCACUUACACAGCGUAACCACUUUAUACACGUGUAAGGUUUUGUGUAGGCACCAGUUUGUGGCAUCAUUGGACUCAAGUCCAAAAAUACUUUCCGGCAUAUUGAAGUGUCCUGGGACUGAACUGCACUCUGGCACCUCGCCUGGGCUCCGGCUUUCAGCCUGUAUAAGCAUGAAGUCUGGUGAAAUGGUCUUUAAUAGACACAAACAGAGACGUGUGUGAAGCAAACAGUGACUUGAGCAGGUAUGAAGCUGCAGAACCUUCAGGUUUGCUUUGCCUGCUGCAGGUUAACGACUUGUAGAAACUCUUCUUGUAUCAGAUGAUCACUGCAUCACGUUUCUGUCUUAGCUCUACUUUAUAUUAGACUUCCCUCAGUCGUCGGGCGAUACUGACCUGAGCGUCAGCUGUAACAGCAGGUUAACGCACAGCUCCUGACUCUGUGGAUUUCCAUUCUGAAGGUGGUAACACGUGUUAAACAUGUUACUACUCUCGUUGAUUUUCUACCCUUUAACUUCACUGGUUGUAGUCAGCAGCUCUCUUUGUAGCUGAUGCAAAGUUAGAGUAACAGGAAACCAAAAAGCCAGUUUGAUUUGUGUUCAUAGGUCAUCACAAACUCCUCCAGCCUGAGCAGCAACGAACAUUUCUUGGUCCUGAUGUUUGGACGUUUGUCUGUAGCAGAACAUUCACGGUGCUCCUGCUGCUGCUGUUACAACCGUUUGAUGUGUUACAGCUAGAAACUGUGCAACA